AUGGACGUGGAGAGAAUUUCAUUCAUCACUUAUUUUUCCUUCCUUCAGCUCAAUCCUGAUACAAGCGCGUUCCAACGGAAGUAUGUCAAUGAAGUUCGCCGAUGUGAUGAGAUGGAAAGGAAAUUGAGAUACCUUGAACGAGAAAUCAAGAAAGAUCAAAUUCCGAUGUUGGAUACCGGCGAGAAUCCGGACGCUCCUCAGCCACGUGAAAUGAUCGAUUUGGAGGCGACUUUCGAAAAACUCGAAAACGAACUGCGUGAAGUGAACAGGAAUGAAGAGACACUCAAGAAGAAUUUCUCUGAAUUGACCGAAUUGAAGCAUAUCCUCAGAAAGACGCAAACAUUUUUUGAAGAGGCGGGUGCUGACACAAUGGUGCCGCCCGGUGACGGCACGGAUACGGAGACGAUGGAACUAACAUCCGCAGGCACUGCGCCUCCACAUACAACUGGACCACUUUUUCAUAAUUUUGGGUGGGUGUCAGAGCAUGAAGAGCUACUGACAACUCCCGAAGAAGAUGGUCAUCAAUAUCCAGCAAUGCAGCACGACCACGCCCCACUCAAGCUUCAGUUACGCUUUGUGGCCGGCGUAAUUCGUCGUGAACGCCUACCAGCGUUCGAGCGUCUUCUUUGGCGUGCUUGCCGUGGCAAUGUUUUCUUGCGUACAUCUGAGAUUGAUGAUGUGCUUAAUGAUACAGUGACGGGCGAGCCGGUGAAUAAAACAGUGUUUAUCAUCUUUUUCCAAGGAGACCAGCUGAAGACAAAAGUCAAGAAGAUUUGUGAAGGUUUCCGCGCAACGUUAUACCCAUGCCCCGAUACUCCCCAGGAGCGACGUGAAAUGUCGAUCGGAGUGAUGACUAGAAUCGAAGACUUGAAAACUGUUCUGGGACAAACGCAGGAUCAUCGUCAUAGAGUGCUGGUAGCAGCCUCGAAGAACGUUCGCAUGUGGUUGACGAAAGUGCGAAAGAUCAAGUCGAUAUACCAUACCCUUAACUUGUUCAAUAUAGAUGUGACUCACAAAUGCCUAAUAGCUGAGUGUUGGUGCCCUGUUAGUGAGUUAGAGCGCAUCAAAAUGGCGCUCAAAAGAGGAACGGAAGAAAGUGGCAGUCAAGUGCCAUCCAUUUUGAAUCGAAUGGAUACUACUGAAGCGCCACCAACUUAUCACAAAACAAACAAAUUUACAAGAGGUUUCCAAAACAUAGUGGACUCGUACGGAAUUGCAACAUAUAGGGAAAUCAACCCCGCUCCCUACACAAUGAUCUCGUUCCCAUUUCUUUUUGCAAUAAUGUUUGGAGAUCUUGGUCAUGGUACCAUCAUGCUCCUGGCUGCCCUUUUCUUUAUUCUCAAAGAGAAGCAACUUGAAGCUGCUCGCAUAAAGGAUGAGAUCUUUCAAACCUUUUUUGGCGGUCGAUAUGUCAUCUUUUUGAUGGGCGCAUUCUCAAUAUAUACCGGAUUCCUUUACAACGAUGUGUUCGCAAAAAGCGUGAACGUUUUUGGAUCUGGAUGGACGAAUUGCUACGACCUGAAUGAGAUUGAUAGGCUCAAGUAUGGCGAAGAGAAAACUCUCAUGCUCAUUCCGGAAUACGCUUAUGAUAGCGCCGGCGGCCCAUAUCCCAUUGGAGUUGAUCCGAUAUGGAAUUUAGCAGAGUCCAACAAAUUGAAUUUUCUGAAUUCAAUGAAAAUGAAGAUUUCUGUCAUCGUUGGUAUUGCACAAAUGACUUUCGGCGUGCUGCUAAGUUAUCAAAACUACAAAUAUUUCAAAUCCGAUUUGGACAUCAAGUUCAUGUUCAUACCGCAGAUGAUAUUUUUGGCCAGCAUCUUCAUAUAUCUUUGUCUGGAGAUCAUUGUCAAAUGGCUUUUCUUCACCGCAGGGCCGCAAGCAUCCAUUUUUGGUUAUCAAUAUCCUGGUUCGAAUUGUGCACCAUCACUACUGAUCGGACUUAUCAACAUGUUCAUGUUCAAAACAUUGCCUUCUGGCUUUGUGGAUGAAGAGGGACGUCAGAAGUUCCAGUGCCACCUCAACUUCUGGUACCCCGGACAGGGAUUUUUCCAAACAAUUUUCGUACUGGUGGCGAUCGUCUGCGUACCGAUCAUGCUGUUCGCGAAGCCGUACAUGCUAUGGAAAGCAGAUAAAGAACGUCGCGAGUCUGGUCACAGACAGCUGGGUAUCGUCGAGCGGGUGCUGUUGGUGUUAGCGGUGGUGCAAGUGCCUCUGAUGCUUUUCGUCAAGCCUUUGAUUCUGCGCUACCGUAGUCGAGUGAAUGAUGCCCACUAUUUCACACUGCGCGAUGAGUUUGAAUUUGGCGAGGUGAUGGUAUACCAGGCAAUUCACACCAUUGAGUUUGUUCUUGGAUGUGUUUCGCACACUGCGUCAUAUCUUCGACUUUGGGCUCUUUCGCUAGCUCAUGCUCAGCUGUCGGAUGUCUUGUGGACAAUGGUGUUCCGUCAUUCGUUCCGUCUUGACGGCUACUAUGGAGCAGUGGCCACAUACGUUUUGUUCUUUGUUUUCGGCUCCUUAUCGAUUUUCAUUCUCGUGCUCAUGGAAGGUUUAUCAGCAUUUCUACACGCGCUUCGUCUUCACUGGGUCGAGUUCCAGUCCAAAUUCUAUGGAGGCGACAAUGCGUGCGUAUGGCUGAACGGCGCCGCCGAGGCUGAGCGACCGAUUUGGAGUCGUUUGUGGAACCAUUCUGAGAAACGGUACUGCACAGAUGGUGGUGCCAACAAAGUUGCUAAUAGAACUCCAGAAUUAAAACCGCCUGAUGUUGUCAUUGGAGACAUGGACUCGAUUCUAGCUGAUGCUUCACGGAUAGUUCUGCUCGGGGGGACAUCAGGCCGUUUCGACCACGCAUUAGCCGCCAUAAACUCGCUGUAUUAUUCAACAUCUCAGCUAAAGCUUGAGGUGUACUGUCUUGAUAGUGAGAAUCUCACAUUUGUUCUUGAUGAGGGUGAAUACACUGUGAAAAUUGAUCGUCAGUUUGUAACAGGAACUUGCGGUGUAGUGCCAUUCUGCCAAAAACCGACGGUUGUCACAAUGAGUGGAUUUCGUUGGAAUCUCGAAGACGCUACAAUGGCCUUCGGUGGUGUGAUCAGCACGUCCAACUUUAUGGAGAAUGACGUUUUGCAUGUGCGAACAUCAGCACCUCUGAUUUUCACGAUGGAACUUCAGGCUAAUGCUCUUCUUUAA